CAUUUUUAUUCUAUUCACAUUUUUUAAUUUUCCCUCCCCAAACGAAAAAAAAAAAAAAAAAUCAAUUCCCGGAAAACUCAAUCCCAAAUUCAGAGCAAACAAACAGCUAAGGAGAUAAUCAGUUGAGAGCAGCCAGAACCCCCAAAAAACCACCUACUGCCCUUUCUUCCCACUUUCCCAAACCCUUCCUCUCUCUAUAUUCCAAGAUCUUCAUCUUCGAAAAAGCCUAUAUUUUUCCUUUUUAUUUUGAAUACUUUUCUUCAACCCACAAUACUGGACCGCCAUUCGAUCAGUCUUUUCUGUAUCUCUUAGUUGAUUCCUCCCGAUGGGAUUUUUAAGGAAAAUAGCUGGCUUUCUAGGGCUUGGUAAGGACAAUGGCCACGAACCCAAAGAUGAAGAGGACGAUAACAACAAUCCCGAUACUCAGACCCAUGAUCGGGCCCAUUUCCAAGAAACCGGGCUUCCUCGCAGAGGCUUCGGUGUGCCGGUCCAGGUCGUCGUCGAUCGGCCCCAGGUUGGCCCUGUCAUCACCCGCUGUAAUCCUGGUGAUGGCGGUGUCCAGGGUCUGAGAUGGUAUGCAAAGCGGCUGAGAAUAGAUGAAGAUGGAGAUGUAGCAGAUGAAUUCCUUGAAGAGGUCCUGCUGGAGACGUCAACUAACAUAGAAGAUCAUCAAAGUCAAUUUCCAAGGUUUGAAGUGAAGUAUGGUUCAAGGCCGGCUAAAGUGAAGAACCUGGUCAUGUCACCUGAUGGGAGAAUGCAGUGUGUGGAACACCAGGGCAGAUUACAGUGGGUAUGAAGUGCAUUUAAACUAAUACCAAGCUUCUGGGUGGUAGGGUUUGUUCUUGCACAAGCAUGUUGUCAAUUUGUUGCUUUAGAAAAGAUCUUAAAAUUGUUUUUUUUAUUGCACUGUGGAACCUUGCUACCCUUCUUAUCAAUGUCUGGGUUUAACUUCCUA